AAUAACUUUGUCUCAAUUUCUUUGUAUGCAAAGACAAAAUUUUACAGUAAAGCAAAAAAUAAAAGAAGACUUUCCUUCCUCACUCUUCAAUAUCCACUUGCUUGCUCUUCAAUCUCUCUCUCUCUCUCUCUCUCUAGACGAUGAGCAAACACCGGCAACGGCCGCCGUCCGGUCGGACAAACUUGGCGUCGUGCGUGGUGGCCACCAUCUUCUUGAUCUUCGUGGUCAUCGUCAUCCUCAUCGUCUACUUCACCCUCUUCAAGCCCAAGGAGCCCAAGAUCGCCGUCAACUCCGUCGAGCUCCCCACCUUCUCCGCCGGCAAUGGCACCGUCAACUUCACCUUCUCCCAGUACGUGGCCGUCAACAACCCCAACCGCGCUUCCUUCACCCACUACGACAGCACCCUCCAGCUCCUCUACUCCGGCACCCAGGUGGGCUUCAUGUUCAUCCCCGCCGGCAAGAUCUCCGCCGGCCGCACCCAGUACAUGGCCGCCACCUUCUCCGUUCAGUCCUUCCCCCUCGCCUCGGGCUCGGCCUCCCCGGAGAAUGUGGGCCCCACCAUCUCCGACGGCCUCAGCGCCGCGCGGGUGGGGCCCACGAUGGAGAUCGAGUCGAAGAUGGAGAUGGCGGGCCGGGUCGGUCUCCUGCAUUUCUUCGCCCACCACGUGGAGGCCAGAGCGGAUUGUCGGGUCGCCAUUUCCGUCAGCGAUGGGUCUGUGUUGGGCUACCAUUGCUAAUCCUUGCUAGGAGCAGAAAGAAUUCAGCACUAUUUUCCUGCUUUUUUGGUUUUUUUUUUCUCUUCUCACUUGGGUGUUUGGUUUGAACUCGAAAAUUGGUGAAGAAACUGUAAAAAAGUUAGACCCUUCUUCUGAGGUUUGCAUUUUUGGUGACUUGAGACUGAGCCUGUAAUUACACUCAAGUCUAACUAACUAGUCUUAGUUUCAUCCCAUAAACAAAGUCGUUUUCCAGCAA